CUGAUAGAGAUAUCCAGUAUAAAUAAAGUUAGUUUAGUUUAUAGAUUUCCUCCUGUAGUAACACUGGAUCAAUAAGGGUUAUCCUUACUGGACCUCUAGGAAGAACAGUUAUUGCCUUAAUUGUUUAACGUAUCUGUAAUGAAAAUAUAUACUUAUAAAAUUAUUUAGAAUGGUAGAAUCACUCAAGCUUCGUUGCUACAGUUUCCAGCGAGGAUUCCAAAUGGAUUGCUAUUUCUGAUGUUGUUAGCACUAAGCGAUGCGACGUGCAAGUCCUCACUUUUCAAAAUGUACAGCGAUCGUUAUCUUCCAAAUCACGUGAUCAAAACGGUUCUAGUGACGUCACAAUUUGAAUGCUCAAUGACUUGCUCGCGGCAUGAUGCGUGUGAAUCGUGGAAUUUGUAUGAGACCGCGCAGUUAGGUCUAACAUGUGAACUGAAUAGCGCCACUACAGUCUUGGAAAAUAGUUUACCAAGGAGAGAUGGAGCAAUAUUUGGUCGUCGGCUUGAUAUUGAUUCUGACAAGGUAUGAGUGACUGCCGAAAUACAAACAUACUAGUGAUUAGACAAUGGGUCGGUCCUGGCCCAACCCAAUGUUAUGCAUGGUUGCCUGCCUGCCUACCUGCGCGCGGGCAAGGCAUUGUAUAGUUGUAUUAUUUACAAUUACCAUAACUGAUUGGGCUGCCUAUGGUCCUGGUCCUCAAUAACUUGUCUUCUAGGGAGAACAAUUUAAGCAGAGUAGUUCUGUCAGUUAUGAAUUGUUCUUCCUAGAAAGAUAGUUAAUAUAAUGAUGGAAACAAGAUGCGGUACAGUCCGUAUGUAAACAAAGGCUUUGUUUACAUUUCGGUAUGCAAAAUAUUGAAUUUUAUUCGACAACUAUUUAUAUUUUCAUGAUUCUAGAGUAUAAUAAAUUAUCAAGAGACAACAAUCAAGCUUUGCAAGAACAUAAAAUGAAAUAAAAACCUAAAUUAACGGUUUGUAAAUAAAAAAGAGGGCUCCUUUGUGCAAAUGCGCAGAUCGGAUUGUACCGCAUCUUUCGGUUGUUCUGGGAUUAGAUGCACACGAAGACAGCCUUGGUUCCCGAGUUUUCACUUCAUAAAAGUUGCUUUCUUUUACGGGUUUAGGCAAGCCACGAGCCACCGGAUAAGAAGAUAGAGAAGAAGAUAA